CAUCUCAUCGGACUUUGGACCCAAUCAUUGUCGUUGCGGGCCUGUCGCUUCUAUCCUCGCCACCAAUCAGUCCGAGCCCACUGAAGCACACGAGGUGUCCCUCAUCCGGCUGCAGCGGGCUGCGCAAAGCCUGGACUUUUCCCUUUUACAUACUCAGCUCCUUUCUUUGCAAUGCGCUCACUAUGGCCCGCCUUCCUUUACCUCUCUGACAUGGACUGAUCAACAUCCUGGUCGCUCUUCGCAUCUCGUGAGGACGGGCGCUCGGGUCCUGCAACUGGAGCCAUCAAGAUGAAUCCUCACGAUGUCCAGAUGCAUGACAUCGCCCACGAUCGCCCCCAAACCUCCAUAUCCCCGCCUUCGCGAAACCCUCUCCAUCCCUCGGUCGUAGAACAACUCGAUCCUGCCUUUGUCAAAUUAUACAAUACAUAUAUCGCCAAUGGCCCCCCCAUGUCCACAGACCUAAAUGUCGUCCGUCAGAACUUCUCGGCGUUAUAUUCCUACGCGAGUGCCCCAGCGACCGGCGUCGGUGGUAUUGGAGAGACUCAAGUACCAGGAUGGGACAAAUACCCAGGAGAUGUCAACGUGCGAGUCUAUGUACCGCCUGGGGAAGAGCCCGGACAGCGCAAGGUAUGGCCUGUGCACUUUAAUUUUCAUGGUGGAGGCUGGGCUGUUGGUGAUCUGGAAACCGAUGCCCAUAUUUGCCAUCAUAUAUGCGCUUCUGUCCCAUGCUGUGUUAUCGAUAUCGAGUAUCGCUUGAUCCCCGAGUAUCCUUUCCCGGUCGGCAUAAUGGACGGUAUGUCCGCCGUUGCGCAUAUCCUUGGGAACCACAAGACAUUCUCAAUCGACCCUGACAACAUAACCCUUGGUGGACAGUCGUCUGGAGCUACGAUAGCUCUGAUACUCAACCACCUCUACCGAGAUGCCGGAUUUGGUGACAAAGUCAAGGGCGUUAUCGUUGGAACGCCGACCAUCAGUGAUGUGAGGAAAUACGCCACGCCAGAGAUGAGCCCCUGGCCUAGUAUGCGAGAGGCUGAAUUCGCGCCCCUACUCAAUUGGGAGAAACUGAAGUGGUUCGACACUUUCAAAUGGAUAUCCUUGUCAAGUCAGCACCAGACAAAGCCGAAGGAACAGAAGCGAGAUAUUUCGUGGUUCGCCGAUGCUAUGAACGCGCCGAACUUCAGGAAUCUGGCUCCUUUGACUUAUCUUGCUACGGCAGAAGUCGAUCCCCUACGCGACGAAGCUGAAGCAUAUGCGAAAAAGAUCGAAGAGGGAGGCAAUCAAGUCACUGUGAGGAGAUUCAAAGGUGUACCGCAUCACUUCAUGCAUAUGGAUCGACUGCUUUUCCAAGGGCGAGAAUAUGUCCAGGAUGUCAUUGCGCAUAUUCGACAGUGCUUGUAUCCUCCUCCUCCGCCACCGACUACCACUCCACCUUCGACCUGAGGCAUGAAAGACGCAUUGAGAAAGCUUGAGUGCAUGCUGAAUGCAUGAUACGACUCCGCGACUUUUGAGGGCAAUGGACAACAUCAAAGUCUUAUUGAGAUGGUUUCUUCCUGAGACGGCCCCAAGCAAUCCGACCGAAGGAUUUCUGGGUGCGUCAGAGGCAUGCAUAUGUACCCUUGCGCAACCUCGCUGAGGCCUAGGAACGCCGAGGCCACUACAGUAAUAAAUUCGGAGUCAGCGAUCGUGCGGCUCCCCGCCACGAUGCGGGAUUGAGGUUUAACCCUGGAUGCUAACGAUACCUGCUUGUGGCGAUCACGACGUGUUUGCUGCACGGUACAGUCUUCUCGCAAGCUCAAGGUGGCACGUUCGGGAAGAGCGCACUAAGCCGAAGCAAGGAGCAACCUAGGAAGGUCUGGUGUACCGUGAAGAAGGUGCUCUACGACAUACCGCAUACUCCAUCACGGGAGUCAGACUAUACUUCUGCGAUCUUCUCGUUUCCAAGUGUAAAUAUGUUGACGCGGUACGCCAUUUCAAAAUUGGUCAUGGUACAGGUAUGGGUUUGCCAUCUGAGUCGAUCAUAUAUCUUCGAGAAGAACCAGGCAUUGCUAGAGUCCUUGCAGGUUCUGGAAUGCCGUAAAGUGAGAAACCAAGCAAGUGGUGGAUGGCGACGGUUUUGUUAGGUUGGAUUCCGAUUCGACUUAUUUUGUUGAGUACUGUACGUUUGAGCUUGGGGGCUUCGAAUUCAUUCUGGACGUAUGCUUAGAGAUAUGACUCGUCCUCCUG